AUGCUGGAAACCAGUAUCUGGAUUGGUGCUAGUGCUGUAUCUGCAGAUGGGAGGAAGGACAACCUGAGGAGCAAGCAGACCCGCAAGGGAGACCCGGAAGUGGAGGCCAUCCAUCCAGACUGUGCCUUGGUGUCCCAACACAUGAAGGCCCAGGAGAGCUGUAUUCACACACGCAGACAAGAGGGUCGCAACCGCUCUGCCAGGACAGGGUGUCGUACGGAGUGGGAUGAGGUCAGGUGCUGGUACCAGGCUGAUGUGGGCCAGAUUGUCAACGUGUCUUGCUCAGACGUCUCCCAGCUCUUCGCCAACAAAGGUUACAUCUUCAGGAACUGUACGAAGGAUGGCUGGACAGAGCUGUACCCUACGUAUGAGGAGGCCUGUGAGUUCGCAGAGGAGUCAGAGACAGGAUCAGAGACAACAUACUUUUCGACCAUCAGUCAGGUGUACACUGCAGGAUACGCAACCUCCCUCAUCUCCCUCAUAUCAGCCAUCUUUGUCUUCGCUGUGUUCAGGAAGUUCCACUGUACCAGGAACUACAUCCACAUCAACCUGUUCUCCUCGUUCAUCCUGAGAGCCAGUGCCGUCUUCAUCAAGGAUGGGGUUCUUUUUGCUGACGAGAACCUCGACCACUGCUUCAUGUCCACUACGGCGUGUAAGUCAGCGGUGGCCUUCUUCCAGUUCAGUAUCCUGGCUAACUACUUCUGGUUGCUGGUCGAGGGCAUGUACCUCCAGACCCUCCUUGCCCUCACCUUCGUCUCACACAAUAAGUACUUCUGGUGGUACACACUCAUCGGCUGGGGUCUCCCAACCACAAUAUUGUUGGUGUGGGUUCUGACACGAAACUUCUAUGAUAACAGAGGUUGUUGGGACGACACCGAUGUGACCUUCAUCUGGUGGAUUAUCAAAGGGCCUAUAACUGCAUCACUGCUGGUCAACUUCAUCAUCUUCAUUAAUGUGAUCCGUAUUCUGGUCCAGAAGCUAAAGUCUCCCUGUGUUGGGGGCCACGAUACUGGGCACUUCAUGAGGCUGGCUAAGUCCACCCUGUUCCUGAUCCCUCUGUUUGGGAUGCACUACAUGGUGUUUGCCUUCCUACCAGAGAACACAGGAGAGGAGGCACGCAUCUUCAUAGAGCUGGGUCUGGGAUCCUUCCAGGGCUUUGUUGUGGCUCUGCUCUACUGUUUCCUGAAUGGAGAAGUGCAAGGGGAGCUGAAGAAGCGUCUGUGGAAGUGGCAGACCCAGGGCUAUCUGAGCUACAGUAGGAGAAGACGCACCCUCUUCACAGAGAGCUCCACCGUCACACAGAUCUCUGUGCUGGAGAAGUCCUCCCCCAAGGAGCUGCCCUGCAUCAGUGACACACACACUCACACACACCGACACACACUCACACACAGCUCUGUCUCAAUCUGUGACGACACACACAACUCUAUAGAACUGUCUCUAGAGAGGGCUCUCUUUUAA